AUGAGCAUCAUCCAAGACUGGCCUGAGCCUAUAGUCCGUGUCCAAUCCUUAUCUGAAAGCAACCUCCGAGCCAUACCAAACCGCUAUGUAAAGCCUCUAUCUCAGCGUCCAAACAUAAACUCUCACAACAAACACAACCCUCACACCACCACCACCAUUCCCAUCAUUGACUUAGGUGGCUUGUACACAGACGACAUAACUCUUCAAGCCAAAACACUUGAUGAGAUCUCAAAAGCUUGUAGAGAGAGCGGUUUUUUCCAAGUGGUGAACCACGGGAUGAGUACGCAGCUCAUGGACCAAGCUAAAGCUACAUGGAAAGAGUUCUUUCAUCUUCCCAUGGAGCUCAAAAACAUGCAUGCUAAUUCUCCCAAAACUUAUGAGGGAUAUGGAAGCCGACUAGGCGUAGAAAAGGGUGCUAUUCUUGAUUGGAGCGAUUACUAUUUUCUUCACUACCAACCUUCGUCUUUGAAGGAUUACACCAAGUGGCCUUCCUUGCCUCUUCAUUGCCGGGAUAUAAUAGAGGAUUACUGCAAGGAAAUGGUGAAACUAUGCGAGAGUUUGAUGAAGAUAUUAUCGAGAAACUUGGGAUUAGAAGAGGACAUGCUUCAAAAUGCGUUUGGUGGUAAAGAGGAAUCAGGAGGAUGUUUAAGGGUUAAUUAUUACCCGAAAUGUCCUCAGCCGGAGUUGGCCCUCGGCCUCUCUCCCCACUCUGAUCCCGGUGGGCUGACCAUUCUCUUGCCGGACGAACAAGUAGCCGCUCUUCAGGUUCGUGGAUCCGACGACGCUUGGAUCACAGUCGAACUAGCUCCUCAUGCUUUCAUCGUUAACAUUGGUGACCAAAUUCAGAAGAUGCUGAGCAAUUCAAUAUACAAAAGCGUAGAACACAGAGUGAUCGUGAACCCUGCAAACGAGAGGUUGUCGUUGGCGUUCUUCUACAACCCAAAGGGAGAUGUUCCGAUCGAGCCGUUGAAGGAGCUAGAGACCGUAGAUUCACCAGCUCUCUACUUAUCCACCACAUUCGAUCGCUACCGUCAAUUCAUUCGUACGCAAGGCCCACGUAGCAAAUGUCAGAUCGAGGAACUUAAAUCCCCUCGAUAGUAGAAUCGUGUCUACAUUUUGAAGUUUUAAUAGUUGUUUUAUGUUUUCUUGUCGUAUAAAUAAUGAACAAUGCUUUUAUCUGUUAAGUACUGUAUUAUAUAUAUCUUGUGUUGUAUUAUGA